AUGGCUGUGACCGGAGGACCACGCAUCCGCCGCACGGCGCAGAACACUCAGUACACAUACAACAUCGCCCGCAGGAUACACACCGUCCAAAGCUACCCCGUCCAGUCGCCCGAGGGGGCGGCCAUCAUCCUGUAUGGCCACGAGGAUGGAGUCACGGUGCUAUGGCGAGGAGGCAGGCGGUUCAAGGCCUCGGUCUACGACCAGUCGCCGCGUGGGCCCAAGGGCAAACAGAAUGGCAACCCUCCCGACGACGCUGUCAUGGUGAUAGAUUCCGAUGAAGACGACAACACAGCCCCGGCGAGCAGCGGCGCACCAUCUUUCGUCGACAAGCCGCAGUUCGAAGACGCAGCCGACGACGACAGCACACGUCCAGAUAUCACCCAGACUCUCGACCUGUCUCUAGGGACUGCCGUCUCGCAUAUUGCGACCCUGCCCAUGACACCUUGUCCGGCAGAGGACGCGGCUUGGGAUGGGGCCGAUGUUCUUAAGGAGAAGAUCGUGUUUGCUGUUUCGUGCGCCAGCCGCGAGGUCUAUCUGAUCACCCUGCCCCUCACACCACCAUCGCCUGCCAGCAAGGCGAGGGAGGAGCUGCGAGAGGGCCUCUUGGCGGGCAAAGCCGGCAGCGGAAAAUGGGGCGAGACUUUGACACUGCUCAGUGGACAACAGAAGCCGAGCGAUGGCUUGGCCAUGGGGCUCAUCAAGCCAACAUCAGCCUCCGAGCGCAGCAAGUCAACCGAACGCUCGCGGUCGGCCGGCCGAGGAAUCCCACGCGCUGUUGUCGCUUCGCACUCCAGGGAAGCAGCAGGCACCUUGCGCCUAUGGGAUGUCCCGUUGGAGAAGCCUACUAAAGACCGACCCCUCGAACCCUUUCAGACGGAGUACCUGCCCAGUCCACUUUCUGGCAUCUCCUUCAACCCCACACACUCCACCCAGCUGCUUUGCAACGCAUCACCCCAUGCCGUUCGCAUCUACGACUAUGCCCAGGCAUCCAUGCCCCCGGACGACUUAUCAGAAGGUCCGUUCCCCUCACAAGGGUCGUGGCUCAUCUCCCUCUACCCCCCUUUUGCGCGCCCAUCAGCGUCACGCAAGCCUAUAAUCGCCGCCUCCUGGGUGGCCUACGGCAGAGGAGUGCUGGUAUUACUCGCAGAUGGCCAAUGGGGGAUUUGGGAUAUCGACGGCGUCUCACCCCACGGCCCGGCUCUCUUCGGCAAGCCCGGCUCGGGCAUCCGUGGUGCCGCACUCACUUCCUUCAGUGUCACUGGUUACAUCGAAGGGACAAGCCCGCUGCGCAGUCUGACCUCCCAGCGCGCGUCAGGUACGGGGAGCGACUUUGUGCCAAUGACUCCUCACUCACGACGGGAGGCACCGAUUGGGGCCUCCUACGGUCCCGAGCGCUUGGUUACAGUGAAGGGAGGGGUUCUAGUGACCCCGUUACCGGCACGCGCCACUACAACAGCCGAUGAGAGCGCCAUUAUCUGGAUAGGUGGCGCCGAGCAUGUCGUUGUGAUCCCUGGUGUUCUCAAGUUUUGGGAAGCCCAGCUACGCAAGGGUGCUGGUGGAGGGGUAAACCUGUUCAGUGGCGCUCAGCCAACGCGGAUGAUUCGCCUGAAUGACCUGGUCGUCGGCUUGAUGGGUGAACGUUGUGUCGAUGUCGGUGCGAUUCCCAAGCUUGGAACCAACGAAACCUCAAACGAUGAAGGUUUGCCGAUCGAAGUUAUCGUUUGCGGGGAGAGCCGGCUCGUUGUUGUGCACGAAAGCGAGACAGUUGUUGGCACCAGAAUCGGUGGUGUCAAGGGCAGUUUCCAAAGGAGACUCAGCGAGCGCUCGAGGGUCAGCAGUGCUGUCAGCGUCUUCCCCAGGCCCGAGCAGAAAGCUAGCGAGCUGUUCAAUCUUUCCGUCAAGCCCAGACGGACCCUCUCAAUUGCUCAGGUCCAAGCCGAGAAGCAACCGGAGACAAUCGUGCCCUCUGUUGAAGGAGAGGAUGUCCAAGCUGCUGAUCGGUCCCAGGCUGGCUUUAGCUUCGCGAACAGUCUGGCCGCGGCAGCCGAUAAGAUGCAACUUGACGACGAAGAGGACCGUGAUAUCGAGGGCGAAAUGGAACACGAGCUCCUGGGAUUGAUGGAGAUCGACCAAAGGCUGGACGAGCUAAAUGCCGACAGGGGAAGGGGCCGUAAGAAGGUCAACUUCUCCGGCGCUUAG